UUAUCGAGUGAACUGGAUGACUCGGAGAGCUUUUCUAGUAAUAUAUCAAUAACCGAUAAAGAAAAUUCAGAUUAUGAUAUCGAUGAAAGUAAUAUUCACAUUGAUUUUGGUAACGACCAAUGUGUAAUUACAGAAGUAAUUGAUGGCAAACUCAAAAAAUAUUCCAAUCUUACAUUUCGGUCAAUAAAGCAAAUGAUGGGUAUUUGGGAGUUGGACUUUGAUAUGGUUGAUGGGAUUUUGAAACAAAGGAGUGAUUAUGCUUAUGCCUUGCAAUUUCUUGGCGUAUGCUCAAGUCAUUUUAACUUUGAUCAGGACGGACUACAUACGAGAGGAUCAAAAAGCAACAUUUCUAUCGGAAAAAGCAUAAUUCACAAGAGAAGGUGUUUAUUUUGUUAUAAUGAAUGUUAUUAUUUCAGUAGAGGUGGCAGAUGCUCAUUUCAUUCAUGGUCAGUCAUGGAACGUAAUGUAUAUAAUCCAUGUUGUGGUGUAAAAAAGGAGGGAGGACAUUUCUUUAAACGAAGAGGAAAAGGUGCUAAGUUAUAUAACUGCAAUGAUGAACACACCAAUGACAAGGCAAAAUCAUUGGAACUUUUGGAUCAUUACUUACGAAAAAAAGAACUUUUAAAAGAUAAUAAUGAGAUUACUGAAGAACAUGAGAAAACUCACAAGACUCCAGAUCCGUCCAGCUACUUGGUCAUCAAAAUUGCAUUACGGUUGAAAAAAGUGUGCAUUAAAGAUGAUGACUUCACUAUCACAAAGCUUGUACAAAAAUAUCCUAGAAAGUUUGGGGAAGCAUUGACACGU